GUGUUCCAACCCCCCAUUCUCCUCCACCGCGACAACCACACCAUGUCCCCACCCCCCCUGCUGCUCCGCCGCGACGAGGUCGCCGACAAAAACAGCCUCCUCCGCUACAACUCAGCCCCACCGCUGGUAGUUUUCCUGUACACCAACAACCACAACAUCAAACUCAAAAGCGGCCGGAGGAACAUUAUCCCUUACACCCAAUAUGGCCACCGGAUCAAACCCAACACCUUCAACCACAACAUGAGCCUGCGGCACCUAUAAGCCAAACACGGCCACAUCAUCCAACUCAACCUGUCCAACCACAGCAUCCAACUCAUCAACAGGUCCACGUCCAGCCACCACCACCACACUACCGCCCACCAGACUCAUCUCCAAGACUGCCACGACGACACAAAACCCGGCCUCACACAUGGCUGAUUGGAGUGUUCUGUGCACUUUUCUGGAUCGCUGUGAUCCUGGGAGGCGUGGUGGUUCUUAUAGUCUACAUCCUCUUCCGCCCUCGAAGCCCAAAAUUUGAUGUGGCGAGUGCCUCCCUCAACGCAGCCUACCUCGACAUGGGUUACCUCCUCAAUGCCGACAUGACUUUUCUCGCAAACUUUACCAACCCAAGCAAGAAGGCAACUGUGGACUUCAGUUACAUGUUCGUUAACCUUUACUUCCAAAACAGACUCAUUGCCACCAGCUUCGUCGAACCUUUCUCAGCGUUGAAGGCAGAGUCGAAGUUCCGGAGUGUUCACCUUGUGAGUAGCCAGGUUGGUCUGUCUUCAGGACAGAGUCAGCAGCUUCAGCAACAGAUAGCGAACAACAGAGUGAGGUUUGAUGUCAAGGGUGUGCUCAAAACAAGGUCUAAUUUGGGUAGUCUGUUUCGGUACUCGUAUCGGUUGUAUGGUCAUUGCAUCAUUGAGGUCACUGCCCCUCCUAGUGGGAUUUUGGUGGGUAAGAAGUGCACGACAAAGCGUUAAAAGAAUAGUUCUGCUACAUACACAAAAAAAAUUCCGCACUGAAGAGAGAUGAGAGUGUGGAUCACUUACGAAUGGACCCUUCUAAUAUGGUUUAUGUUGCCCAUUCAUUUACUUAUUUUUGUUUUUGAAUUUUUGGAAUACAUUAAGAACAGAUUGAUGUGACAUUUACUUUUUAUUUUAUUUUAAAUAACAACUAUCUUAAUUGAUCUUUUGCUUUAAAAGAUAUGUAACAUCACUCUUUCAUUAUUGAUUUGAUUGGUGAGUUUUGCAAUGAAAUUGAAAUUAUUCCCCGUAA